AAUGAGCUGCUGGAUGUUGUUACGAUUGCACAACGGGGACCUCCGCAGAUCUCUCCUGCCUCUGUGCUGUUCCCUCAGCCUGCGAACUCUCAGUUCUGGAGCUAUCAGCCGCAGCUUGAGAGAGAGUUACCGUAUACUGCAGCUGCCAGACGAUGGAGCCAGCGACCCCUCAGAGGUCAAGGAAGCUUACCUACGCAUGGCCAAGCUCUACCAUCCAGAUUCCGGUGCUCCCACGGCAGACGCGGCUCUGUUUUCCCAGAUAGAGGAGGCCUAUCGGGCUGUUCUUGCCCACCUUGCCCAGCAGAAGUCGGCCUCACAGUAUACCCAAUUGAUGGAGGAAGAAGAGGAAGAUAAAGUUAAAGGUAAUGCCCCUCAACACAGACAUUACCUCAGUUUUGAAGGCAUUGGUUCUGGCACUCCAAGCCAAAGAGAACGACAGUACCGACAGUUUCGUGUAGACCGCGCCAUCGACCAGGUCCUGGAGUACCGACAGAAGGAGAUGGAGAAGGCAGCAGCAGACGAAGGAGCCAUGGUGACCCGAGAUGCACGUUUACGCAGCAAGCAGAUCAAAAUCACUCAGGCGGUGGAGAGGCUAGUUGAGGACCUCAUCCAAGAGUCGAUGGCCCGUGGAGACUUCCAAAACCUCAGUGGCACCGGAAAACCACUCAACAAGUUUGAUCAUAACCUGUAUAUGGACCCCAUGACGCACAACCUCAAUAGAAUUCUCAUCGACAACGGUUACCAGCCUGAAUGGAUCGUGGUACAGAAGGAGAUCAGGGAAACCAUUGCCAAAAUGAGGGAGAGGUUGCAGGAGGUCAGGGCAAGGCUGGGAGAUCCCAUGAGACACUCAGAAACUCUCCAGUGGAAGGAGCACUGCGCUGCGUUUGCUGAUGAACUGGGGAAACUCAACAAGAAAGUGGACAAUUUCAACCUAAUUGUGCCUCUCAUGAGCAGGCAAAUGGUGCAUUACAGCCUGAAGAGAGAGCUGGAAAAAAUACUGAAAACUGAUCAGCUGCUCAGGCAGGAGAAAGAAAGAGAAAAAGAAAGGAAGCGAAAGGAACAGAUGGAGACAGCAAGAACAUCUCAGCACACCAGACAAGGACUCAUCACAUGGAUUCAGAAUCUUCUUAAUUGAGGCUACAUUAAAAUGUGGAGUUGUAUUUCACCUGUCGGACUAUUAUUAGUGUGAUUAAGAUUAUUUUACCCCUUCCUUGUUCUUUUUAUAACUGUAAUACAGUAUGAAACAAGUAUUGUCUGGUUUUAUUAAAAACUGGCAGAAAAUUAAAGGCAAUAAAUAUU